AUGCGGUUCCUGCACGCCCUCGUCCUCGCCGCAACAGCCGUCGAGGCCCACUACACGUUCCCCCGCCUCGUCAUCAACGGCAAGCCCGACACCGCCGACUGGACGACGACCCGGCGCACCAAGAACGCAGACUCGAAAACGGGCAUCGAGAACCCGGCCUCGGCCGACAUUCGCUGCUACCAGUCGGCCAACGCGGGCAGCGUGGCGACGGUGCCUGCUGGCGCGACGAUCCACUACGUGAGCAGCCAGCAGGUGAACCACCCGGGGCCGACGCAGUACUAUCUCGCGCGGGUGCCGGCGGGGGCGAGCGUGAAGACCUGGGACGGGAGCGGCGCCGUGUGGUUCAAGAUCAGCACGACGAAGCCGCAGGUCGAUGCGCAGAAGCAGAUGACGUGGCCGGCGCAGAACGAGUACAAAACCGCAAACACCACCAUCCCCGCCGCCGUCCCCGCGGGCGACUACCUCCUCCGCGUGGAGCACAUUGCGCUGCACAUGGCGAUGCGGUCCGGCGGCGCGCAGUUCUACCUCGCGUGCUCGCAGAUCACGAUCACGGGCGGGGGAAGCGGGAGUCCGGGGCCGCUGGCGGCGUUUCCGGGGGCGUACAAGGCGAGCGAUCCAGGGAUCCUCGUGGAUCUGAGCAAGAUUGCGAGCGCGCCGGAUAGCUAUCAGCCGCCUGGCCCGGCGGUGUGGACGGGGUAGGUCGUCGAGGAUGGGUUCAGGCGGGCUUGACGGUGCGCCGGGCUGAGGGGCAACACUCGACGUCACCCUCCUGCUCUAUUCCAUCUCUUCCCGCCCCAAUCCUCUCUCCUCCUAGCAGCCGCCCAGCCCAGCGGUGUGGACGGGGCACGUCGUGUCGCACAUACGCAGCGGGCGCACUACACCAGACAGGGGUCGACAUAGCGCCCCUACCACACGCAGUAUCACAUCCAGCACCAGGAACCCCGUUCCCUUUCCUUCCAUUCCACUGCAUCUCGUUCAACGCACUGAUUCUUCCACAAACCGCACCCCUCCCGACUGCACCGCCUAUCCCCCUGUUCGCCGAGCGUGCAUCUCCCGUCUUUCUCUGCCGCUUUGGUAAUGUACCGACUUGCCGUGUAACCCCUCUCCAUGUAUACCCUCCGGUCUAUUCUCUUUCGCACCUACCCUUUGCCUGUCUCUUCUACGUGCACGCCUGCUCAAGCUG